CCUCCCAUUCAUCGGCGGUGCACUGUGUCCCUCGGAUCAACGAACAACGGAAAGAGCCGAAGAUCUGUCACACUGACAGCUCGAGAGGAGAGCCGGUAAUCAGUACCCCUCAGAGGAGACAUGUACAUUGAUCAUCAGGGCACCAAUGAUCAGUGUGCCCUGAUGAUCUGUGUAGCCCCAGCAGUGCCACCUGUCAGUGUCCAUCAGUGCCAGCUGUCAGUGCUCAUCCAUGCCACCUGCCAGUGCCACAUCAAUGCCACAUUUCAGUGCCUACCAGUGCACAUCAAUGCCACAUAUCAGUGCCCAUCUGAACUGCCUUUCAGUGUCACCCAUCAGUGCCAGUCAGUGCCACAUAUCAAUGCCAGUCAGUGCCACCUAUCAGUGCCAGUCAGUGCCGCCUAUCAGUGUUUAUCAGUGCCUGUCAGUGCUGCCUAUCAGUGCCACCUAACAGUG